UUUCACAAGACUUUCUUCUGUGUUGAAAACGUAAUACACACGUUAUCCCUACUUAUACCACCUCACUUGCCCUUCCUCUCUCACACGCACCAUUACUCAUUCUUCUCGCCAUUAGUGAAUCUAUCACUUCAAGCUCAGAUCAAAUAAUUCGAUUGCUUUUCAUGGAUCAAUUCUCGUCUACGAUAUGCUGCUUGUUUGCACUCGCAUCUUGUUUCCAGAUGAUAAAUUGUAAUAUAACAUGUCUGCCUCAUGAAAGAGAUGCUCUUCUUACUAUCAAAGAUCAAUUACAUCCUGCACUUCAAUUGAAUUCAUGGAACGGCUUUAAUUGCUGUGUGUGGAGGGGAGUGGAAUGUAGCUCGCAGAACUCACAUGUUAUCAAACUCGAUCUUCCCAAUCACUCACGGUUCCGGUUCCGUGAUUACAUGAUGGAAGAGAGAAACGGGGAACUUUCUGGAGCUUUGUUUCAAUUAAAACAGCUGCAGUAUUUAGAUCUAAGCUACAAUUUUUUGAGUGGUGUUCUACGUAAAGGUCUGUUUGACUUGCGAGAAUUGAAACAUCUAGAUUUGAGCUACAACUAUUUUGAAGGUGAAAUACCAAAGGAUCUUGCCUACUUGCACAAGUUAGCUUAUCUCAAUUUGUCUUUGGCCGGCUUCAGUGGUAUAAUUCCUUGGCAAGUGGGGAAUCUUUCUCAGCUGCAAUUUCUGGACCUAUCUUCUGACUCUCUCUUAUAUAGUAAGAGUUUAGAGUGGAUAGAGAAGCUAUGGGCCUUAAAAUACUUGUCCCUUAAUGGAGCACUGCUGAGUAUGACAGGAAAGCAAUUGGAAGCACCCCUUUCUCAUCUUCACAAUCUCCAACAUCUCGACCUUGAAAAUUGCAUGCUUUCAGGGCACAUUCCCAAUGCUAUCCAAAACCUAUCUCGUCUCUCCCACGUCCAACUGGGUCUGAACGCCCUUGAAGGGUCAGUGCCUUUAUGGUUAGCAAAUAUGACUAGUUUAGUCUCUCUUUCAUUGGAAGUGUGUCAAUUAAGUGGUUCAUUCCCCUUAAGUCUCUCUCGUCUGCCUACCUUAAAGGAGCUCAAGUUGGGGGAGAACGAGUUAUUGAAUGGAAAUCUAAGUCAAAUAUUAUGCGGUGAAUGGUCCCAGCUCACCGUAUUUUCUCUAUUCGAUACAAGUAUGGCAGGAAGUAUACCAUCUUGUAUUGUAAAUAUUUCCACCCUCAUCUAUCUUGACUUGGGAUCAAUAAAUCUGGAAGGGCAUAUUCCUCGUUCCAUUGGCAAUCUCUUGGCUCUUCAACACCUGGAUCUUAGUAGCAACUCUUUGAGCGGAGAGAUUCCAUGGUCACUUGGUCAAAUUUCAUCUUUGACGUCUUUGGAUAUUUCUUCCAAUCUAUUGAGUGGAAAUAUACCUUCUGAAUUGGGUAAUGCUCUUUCCUUAGCUUCUUUACAACUUUCCUCUAAUCUGCUGAGCGGCAAUAUACCUUCCGAGCUUGGAAACCUUUCUUCUUUGACUUACUUACAACUUUCCUCAAAUCUGCUGAGCGGAAGUAUACCAUUUGAGCUAGGGAAACUAACAUAUCUACAGGGUCUCUAUCUUAGUGACAAUCUGCUAAGCGGUAUCAUUCCCAAUUCAAUUGGAAGUCUUUCAAGCAUUACAGCUAUUGACCUAUCUUCCAACAACCUUCGAGGCAACCUUUCUCUCAUCUACUUAGAAAAUGCAACUAGACUGGUUAGUCUUGAUCUGUCUUACAAUCGAUUGACUAUUAUCAUUGGAUCAGAUUGGAUACCCACAAUUUUCUUUGAAAGACUCUUUUUAGCUUCGUGUAGUAUUGGGGGAAUCAUUCCACCAUUUCUUUCAACACAGUAUAGAUUGGAGUAUCUAGAUCUCUCCAAUACUAAUUUGUUUGGAAAUAUUCCAGAUUGGAUAGGGAUGCUCCAUCAUCUAAGAUAUCUGAACUUGUCAUACAAUAACUUGCAGGGUCCUAUUCCCUCUAGCUUGAAUGUAAGCUCUUUAUCAGCUUUAGACCUACAUAGUAAUGCAUUACAGGGUUCCCUUCCAAUUCUUUCAAUGUCGGCAUCAGCUUUGGAACUGUUGGACUUGUCCCAGAAUGGAUUUACAGGUUUUCUUGCAGUGGAUGUCGGUAAUUUUCUACCGUUCAUAAAGUUUUUAUCAUUUUCGGCAAACAAUCUAAGUGGUGAUGUGCCUUCUUCAAUUGGCCUUUUACAGCGGAUGGAGGUUCUAGACCUGUCAAAGAACAAAUUAUCUGGUAAAAUACCAUCAAGCCUAGCUAAUUGCUCUUCAUUGACAAGAUUAAAUCUAGCAAAUAAUGGUUUAGCAGGAGAGAUUCCAUCCCAGAUAGGAAUGCUAAGCCAACUUCUGUCACUUCACCUCAAUCACAAUUUGUUGAAGGGAAAAUUGCCAUCAAGUCUUCAGAAUUGUUCCAGCAUACAAAUUUUAGACCUAACUAGUAAUAUCUUUUCUGGAAACAUACCCAUUUGGUUGGGUCAAUUAUCUGAGUUGAUGAUACUUGUUUUGAGAUCAAAUAAGUUUUAUGGACACAUUCCACAUCAAGUGUGCAAUCUAUCAAAUCUCCAUGUUUUAGAUAUUUCACACAAUAGUUUGAUUGGAGCCAUCCCACAACAGUUUGCCAUGUUGGAAGGCAUGAGGAAUCCCCAAGUGGAAAGCUCAAAUGUCAAUAUCCGUAGCUUCUAUUAUUACAAAGAAGAGAUCAAAGUUUUUAACAAAGGAUCCGAGCUGGAGUAUGCCAAAUCAGUUUUGUUACUUAUAACUUGCAUUGAUCUAUCUGCAAAUAAUCUAUCAGGUUACAUUCCUCCAGUAAUUGGAAAUCUUAAAGGUCUCCAUGUAUUGAACUUAUCAGAGAAUAGUCUUACUGGGGAGAUUCCAAUCAGUUUUGGAAUGCUACAGGAGCUAGAGUCAAUUGAUCUUUCAAACAACAAGUUGCAUGGCAAGAUUCCAGAUGAAAUACUACAAGUUUUCUCUUUGAGUUUUUUCAUUGUAUCUAAUAACAUGCUUUGUGGAAAGAUACCAGCAGGACGUCAAUUUAAUACCUUUAGUUCUGCUUAUUUUUCAGGGAACCCUAAUCUUUGUGGAUUUCCAAUUAACAAUAGAUCAUGUAGAUGUGGAGAGAAAUCAAAUUCUAGAAUAUCAGCUCCUCUUCCAAGGAAAGAUGAAUAUGAGAGAGAACAAAUUCCAUGGCAUUGGUAUGUAGAGUGGAUUUCAAGUGUUGGGGUUGGAUUUUGGGGAGUAUUUGGAAUCUUGGCUGUAAAAAGGCAUUGGAGGAAAAGAUUUGUUCUAAUGUUGGAUGAGAUGGCAAUUUCUUUAUUAAGUAGAUUCACAACUAGAUAUUAAGUGUAGAUGUAAAAUCAUCACAUUAAUGUGAUUAUAUUGUAUUUCCCUUUUACUUAAUAUAUAUACUUUCUUGCUUUCAUGUUU